AUGAAUGAGAAUGAUGAAACAGAUAGACCUAAUGUUAAAUCUUUGAGGACAAAUCAAAGACGAGUUAUAGGACCGUCAAAGUCUUCGUCACAUAUGGGAUCACAUAUUGGUACUACGUUAGUCAUCGGCAAGAAUUCACAUUCAACAUCUCAUGGCAUACGAAGUAAUAUACCAGAAAAUACGAUAAUAAUUGGUAGACGUAAUUUCAGUGAUGGUCAAAUUGAGUAUGCAAAACCUUCUAGUCAUACCCAUAGACUCAAAAAAGAUAGUACGUCAAAUGAUCCCAAUAUCGAUUCAAUUGUGGAUAGUACUAAAAAGCUUCCAGAACAGAUUCAAUUGACUGUUUGGUUUCAUGAACCAAGAACGUCUACAGAAGACGUCAUAAUUGAUGCAAGUGUGAUACCAGGAUUAAAAGAAGGUGAUAUUUGUGAAUUGGUUCCUUUAAGUACAUUUAAACCCCAUAAAAAACCCAAGCGAUUAAUAUUCAUCAUCAAAAAUCAAACGCUAUUAUCCAAAAGCUCAAAUUUAAAUACUGUCAAUAACAACACAUCAAUUAAUGCAGGCGUACCAGCUUCGGCCAUACCAGCUAACAACAACAAUGCAGCGAAGCCAAAGACAAACUUUCAAAUUUCGUUGAUUUCCAAUCCUUUACAGAAUUUAAUGGAUUUACCGCCACGAAGUUUGGUUCAAUUGAAAACUAUAUUAGAUGUUGAAGCCAUUGAAGCAGAUACAAUCGAAAUUUUUAUAAAAGAUGUAAACAUCUCAAGAGAUUUAAUGUGGGCAUUUUCUUCAUCAUUAGUAGGAACAUGUGUCUAUACAGAAAAAAGGCUAAGUUUUCUUAGUAAUAGGACAGGGGUGGUAAAAAAAGUUUAUAAAGAUGGGAGGGAGAUGUUCUCAGCGUUGAUUUGUGAAAAGACAAAGGUAGUAUUUCGUUCUAAGAGUGCCAAAUUGGUAUUUUUGGUUCAACUUUCUCGAGAGAUGUGGCACUUUGAGGAAACAGGUGAAAUCAUGUUUCAUAAAUUAGUAAACACAUUAUUUCCUAAGAUUUUUAAAAAGUGGAGAGACAAAAAUACACAUCACUCUAUAACUAUUGUCCUAUUUACAAGUGUUGAUUUAACGAAUAUUCCAUGGACAUCAUUAGGUCAAGGGGAAAGGCCAAAUAAUAGGCGUGAUUAUUUUAGAGUUGUUGUUGACCAAGUGAGUAUCUUUCAUUGGGAUAGAAUUAUGGCUAAUUUAAGAUUAGAAUUUGCCAAUUUUAAAAGAGAUAUUAUGCUAAAUUGCCAACCUGAAAAUAAUGGAAAAUUUACAAUGGCAGGUCAAUCACUACCAUCAGUUAAAGGGAAUGUUUUAGAAGCUAUUAAUGUUGGGAUUCAUUUAGUAAAUGAUAGGUUUAAGAAUACUGACUUGAAGCAUUCUUUAAAUCAUUUCAUAUUAGUCACUCCAGGAACAGGAUUAUUUGAUGUAGACUAUAGUUUGAUGCACGAAACUAGUAAAAAAAUGUUAAGCAUAGAUUGUGCAUUAGAUAUUGUCUGUUUGAGCCAACCACCUUUGCACAUAGUACCUCUAUUUCGUUACAGAGAUCCAACGAAAGAAGGUCAAAUAUCACACUGUGUUCCACAUUGGUGUGACAUAUCGUUUUACAAAGAUAGUACAGCUAAUUCUACACAAUGGAUACCGCAUUGUAAAAUUUAUGAAUUACAGAUGAUGGGUGUUAUGGAAAAUGAAAUUAAUGAUGUUAAAAUUGAGAGAUAUAGGGUACCCAAUAAUGCAAAAUCAAUGAUAGAGGCUAUGGAUAAGUAUGAUUCUGAUGUUUUCAAACCUGUUAGUAAAGUUUCGAAUUCAAAUACAAAUAGAGAAUCAGAAUAUUCACUGGAACAAUCAACCAUAAAUAGUAAAGUAGUGACACCCAAAGAAAGUGCCAAUGCCUUAUCUUUGAUAUGGAAUGCUAGAACUUCUCUAUUACCAAAUUCAUCGACUGCCAAAAUUGACGUUUCUACAACUAAUUCUUCCGUUCUUGGUACAGUUGCAAAUAGCGGAAAAGAUGUUUCAGCGCUUUCAUCUUUGUACACCUUGAAUAAGACAUCUGCUGAUAAGCCACUGACAUAUGCUUCUUCAAUUAAAGCUGAUUCAUAUAAGGGCUCAAAAGAAAAUUUAAAAGCAAAGGAUAAAAAAGAAUUCAGCGAGAGGACAAGAACAAAGCUUCGGCCAAGGCUACAAAAGGCUGAAGAAUUUUAUAAAAGUGACGACGGACUCAGCAAUGCUUCAAAACUGCGAGAGUUAUUGGAUUCCAAAUCCAGAAAUAAACAAAGUUCAGCUCACACGGAGGAAGAACUGGAAAUCUUAACAAACAUGUUGUGGACUGAAAUUCGGAAUCCUUCUAAAGAACUGCAUUCUGAUAUGUUGUCAUUUCUUCGUUUAAGUAGAUGGAAUGACGUAUUUCCAUCAAACAUCAAAAGGAGAUUAGUAAAAUGGAGAUCAUUCGAAUCUCCAGCUGCUUUGCCAGUUACCACUUCGAUUUUUCCAUCUACUAAACAAUUAGAAACAGAAUAUUCUUUUCAAAUUUAUAGCGUAUUUUUAAAUUCAGAAAAUGAUCUAGAGAUCGAAAGUACUCAUGAUCUAAUGAGGGAAAUGAUUCAAUUACGUUUAUUACUAGGGUUCCAAAUUUGCUAUAGUGAUCAAGUUAAAAAGUUCGAAUCGAGUAGAAAACCGGGUGGAAAUGCUGAAAGCUUAAUUAAAUACUUUCCAAAAGGUAGUUGUUAUGGUUCAAGAAUUUAUAUGUCCUUGGAUGACGAAAUACAUAGAAUAUCUUGUGAUUACAAUGGAAAUCUAUAUGUUCAAAUGUAUAGAAAAAUCGAGGAAUUGAAGCAUUCAAGAUUAUUAGGGUUACAAGAUUAUCAGCAGAAAAGUUAUGUUCCGUUAAUUAGAACACGUUAUGUUGACGAAUAUACUCCAGCUAAAUUUGAUUUCAUUAAUGCUAAGCCGCUCAAGUACAAUUGGAAUCAAUUUGACCAGUUAAUAGCGGGUUACGAUGAUGCAAUUCCUCAAGAGAAAAGACUGUUCCACAAGAUGAAAUUUGUUGUCCUACCAGCUAGUAUUCCUAAGAAUGCAUAUUUUAUAUCCAAUGAGAAUUUGACUGAUGAAGAAAUACGGGUUGAGGGUUUACGUAAAUUGAUUGCAAUAAUCGAACGAGGAAAAUUUGUUAAAUCAGAUGAUAAUGAAUCCAAAAGAAAGGAAGAAAUCUUGCCUGAAAUAAGUUUUUAUACGGGUAAUUUAUAUGAAUUCUUGAGUGAUCAAGCUGAAACCUAUGAUACAACGGGUAAUGAACCAAGUAAUUCUUUAAUGUUAGGAGAAAACAUGAGAUUUACAAGGGGAAUAAAAUUGAGUCAACUAGCGCAGGAGUUACAAAGCCCUACUGGUGUGAGAUUAGUAGAUAGAACGUGGCAUUUCAAGAAACAUCUUCAUUGCUUUUUAGGUAACGAGCUUGUCUCAUGGUUUAUUGAGUGCUUUGAAGAUAUAGACAAUAGGAAUGAUGCUACAAGUUAUGGCCAGUCAUUAAUGGACAGAGGAAUGAUCAAGCAUGUUGAAAGUAGACACGGAUUCUUGGAUGGGUAUUAUUUCUACACAUUUGAAGACGAAUAUAUUGACAAGAAUUACAAACCUGAGAGAUCGAACAGUGGAUGGUUUAAUAGAAAGAAACAUGCAAACGAAAAAGAUUCAACGGUCACAUCACCUGCGUAUACAAGAAAUAAUUCAGAUAGUGAAUCAGUGAAGUCACCGGUAUUCCCAGUUCAAGAUAAUCUUGACUUAAGAAAAAUCACAUCGAAUUCAAUAGGUCAACAUAUGUAUGAGUCUGAAACAUCAUCAAUGGCUGGGUCUUCAACCAAAGCGAAGCAAAAGAAGAAGUUCAUAUUGAGUAGAUCAGUUAAGUUUAAUGCUGAUCCUUUAAAAAAGUCGUUUAGACCAGAAAUUGUUACUGUGCAUUAUGAUAGAGUUCAUAAUCCAGAACAUUGCUACCAUAUUAGACUUCAGUGGCUCAAUACUACGAACAAGUUCAUAGACGAUGCCAUCUCAAAUUGGUCAAGACUAUGCGAAAGGCACGGAUUAAAAUUAGUUGAAACUCCUUGGCUUGAGUUAUGCACCAUCCCGGAAGUAAAUCCAUUCCACUCAUUUGUUGAUUUGAAAUUGGUUAUCAAUCCAUGGACUGAUCCAGAAUUCCUGGAUCUUAAUAUUCUAAAGGAUAAUAAAUUCUAUUAUCACUUAUACUUGAUGAAAAAGUCAGAUUUCUUACUUGACAACCGGUCAACAGUUUUCUUUCUGAAAGACCACAUUGAAAUUUCCUAUAGUUGGGGUAAACCAAUUUUCCAGUAUGCUCAGUAUAUUCACAAGACAGGUGCUUAUAUAGUUGAAUUGCGAGAUAAUGGAGAUUUAUUUUUAGCCCCCAACAACAUACACAUCACAAGACUUAACACUUCCCUUUCAUCUAUUCCAGAACAAGAUAACCUAAAGUCUUAUCAAAUAGAUUCGCAAAAGGUAAUGUUGAAAUUUAGAUCGGCUUGUACAAAUGAAAAAAUACUUCGUGGUAUCUUUAAAGAGGCUAAAGAAAAUUGGAGGGAAAAAUGCCUGGAAAAUGUAUUACCUGCAAUUAAUUAA